CUCCCUCCGGCUGGGAUGCUUGGAUGUGGGUGCAGAGGGCCCAGGAGGGAGGCAGAGGCCAGUCCUGCCCUAAGGAGCCCGGCCCUCUACCCCCUUCUUGACAGAAUCCCGCUGCACAAGUUUACGUCUAUCCGCCGGACCAUGUCGGAGGUGGGAGGCCCCGUGGAAAAACUGAUCGCCAAGGCCUCCACUUCAAAAUAUGCCCAGGGGGUGCCCGCUGUGACCGGGGGGCCCGUCCCCGAGGUGCUCAAGACGCUCCCCCAGGCCCAGUACUACGGGGAGAUCGGCAUCGGGACGCCCCCACAGUGUUUCACUGUCGUCUUCGACACCGGCUCCUCCAACCUGUGGGUCCCGUCGAUCCACUGCAAGCUGUUGGACAUCGCCUGCUGGAUCCACCACAAGUACAACAGCGGGAAGUCCAGCACCUACGUGGAGAACGGCACGACCUUCGACAUCCACUAUGGCUCGGGCAGCCUCUCCGGGUACCUGAGCCAGGACACCGUGUCGGUGCCCUGUAAUUCGGGUCUGGCAUCCCUGGGCGGUGUCAAGGUGGAACGGCAGGUCUUUGGGGAGGCCACCAAGCAGCCGGGCAUCACCUUCAUCGCGGCCAAGUUCGACGGCAUCCUGGGCAUGGCCUAUCCCCGCAUCUCGGUCAACAACGUGGUGCCUGUCUUCGAUAAUCUGAUGCAGCAGAAGCUAGUGGAGAAGAACAUCUUCUCUUUCUACCUGAAUAGGGAUCCGAGUGCACAGCCAGGGGGCGAGCUGAUGCUGGGCGGCACCGACUCCAAGUACUACAAAGGCCCCAUCGCCUACCUCAACGUCACCCGCAAAGCCUACUGGCAGGUCCACAUGGAUCAGGUCGACGUGGGCAACGGCCUGACCCUGUGCAAGGAGGGCUGUGAGGCCAUCGUGGACACGGGCACCUCCCUCAUGGUGGGCCCCGUGGACGAGGUGCGCGAGCUGCAGAAGGCCAUCGGGGCCGUGCCGCUUAUCCAGGGAGAGUACAUGAUCCCCUGCGAGAAGGUGUCCAGCCUGCCCGAGCCUUCCCAGGUGUCACAGGGCGGGAAGACCAUCUGCCUCAGUGGCUUCAUGGGCAUGGACAUCCCCCCACCUGCGGGGCCGCUCUGGAUCCUGGGUGACGUCUUCAUCGGCCGCUACUACACCGUGUUCGACCGCGAGGAGAACCGUGUGGGCCUGGCCGAGGCCGCCAAGCUGUAGCCACCUGCCCACUGGCAGGAGAGGAGGAGAAUCGUGGGAGGAGGCAGCGCCGGCCCUCCCAGCUGCCCCCCACCCCCACCCCACACACACACUCACACUCACACUCACACUCACACUCGCCUGCAGUGGCUCGGCUCUCCAGGCUGCCUGUGGCAGGCGCUGUUUUGUGGUUUUCCCUUCCCUGGUUGCAGAAGCCGCCUGUCUGUCCAAUGGGGGGCUGGGCUGGGGCAGCCAGUAGGCUCAUUCGUGCUCAGAGCCCUUUCACUCACCUGAAGACCCAGCUCGGCUGUGCAUCCCAGGACCCCCUUCCUCCCCUUCCUCCCCCCGUCCCUUCCCAGCCUGGGCCUCGGGGCUGGCUGCCCUGGCGGAGCGUCUGGGCUGAGCCGCUGCCCUGCACCCGACUGCCUUCCUGGUCCCCUCUCCACCCAGCCUGGGGCCCGGAGCUGGGCAGUGCCGCCCCCCACCCGUCCAUUCAUCUCAGGCCCAGCGAGGAAGGGCCCCCUGAGGGCCAGCAGGAAGGAGACAAGAGCCAGCCCUGUGGGGCCUGACCCCACCUGGAAGGGCAUGGGCUGGCCCGGGGAGGAGGGAUGGGGGAGGGGAGCGUGCCUUCUCUGAGGCUGCCCCUUCUUGAGUGGCCAGGAGCCAGACCUGAAAAUAAAGUUGUGGAUCUGUG